UACACCAUCCAGAUGAGGAAUCUGCACAAGAGAUACAAUCUGUCUCCUGAGAUCAUGGCCCUCUUUCGAAAGAUGGGUGACCAUCAUCAUGGAUAUGAGGACCCUGAUGCCCUUGGCAGGCUGAUGAGGAUGUCUUUGAACGCAAGGAAGACCUGUACAGACACCAUCUCUCAUCUUGCCAAGGCCAUGCAGAAGAAGUGUGACCAGAGCACCAUUUCUGAGUGCACCGAGCUUAUCCAGGGCUGCACAGAGUUGCUGUCCUUGGCA